ACACGCUCCGGAAUGAAGGUCAUUCACCAAGAUUCUGACGAUCAGCCGCACUUCCGCCUUAUGGACGAUCCUGAAUGCAGUCCUUGGGAUAUACCUGUAAACUUCCGAUCCGUUACAGAUAAGAAGAGAAAAUGUCGGAUACAGGACAAGUACAUUGGAUCACUUAAACAGAAUAUUGCUUCUGGAAAGUUGAUGAAUUAUGCUCAUGAAACUGAUGUAUCUUUGGUAAGGCGGCAUCAGGUUUCCAACCAUUUUAAUGUCUCCCUUGGACCCGAAUUGAUUAAAUCCCAAAAGGAAAACAUCCCACACGAUGAACCCGCUGGAUAUGUUUCAUGGUCAUUUCCUCAUUCCCAUAAUGUGGGGUCACUUGGUAAUAACGAUGGACACCUAGAUCAGUGGCAGAUCAAUAUCAAGCCUUCGGCGCAUACUAAAAGCAAGGUCCUCAGGCACGGAUCCCUUUUGGGUCUGAAUAUCUGUGGCACGUUUGAAUCAGUUGAUGCCAACGUUCCAUCUCCUAGUCCUUUGAACUUCAGCGUUCCGGGAAAAUUUAAUGUCGAUGUACCAGACUGUUCUGCGCAUGGUUCAUUGCCUUCAUCGUCCUUUCCUUCGCAAACUGACAAUCCUCAUCUUGCAACCCGGUCGAACUCCAUCUGUUCCGAAUCGCGUAAUUCUCCUCCCAGUGAAUACGUAGCUUCGGUUAUGUCUCGUGAUUCAUGCCUCAAGAAACCCUGUUCCCGUGUUGCACCUACUAAAAACUACCUGAAGCUAAAUCUACGGAAAAAAUGUUUUAGUCGCAAGGGGUCUAUCAGGCAACGUGCAUUGCAGCGCAAAGUCAGACGCGAGAGAUUCAAACGAAAGUUUUCGUCGAUGAAUGGCUCAGAAUAUGGUAACUGUUGUUUCCGUUGCGGUGUGGAGGGACAUUGGGCGAACAAGUGUCCGUUGACUAUUAUGGAGACAAGGACCUCCGUCGAUAUACACACCAACGCACAGCAUACGUUAAAUAUCUCAAGCUCUACUUGGCGUAUCCUUGAGUGCCAUGAUCUCGAUAAUCGCUUUCACCCUACUCAGUACAGUGAGUUUUUUGAUAAACGGCCACGGAAGACAUCCACCUCGUUACUGAGCAAGUAUUCACUAGAGGAGCUCGAAGGGCUUGUUCAACACACUCUUCAGACACUUGGAUUUCCAUGCUUUCGACCUGGUCAAAAACUUACUAUAUUGCGCACUCUCCUAGGUAUUUCUACCUUGACAAUCUUGCCUACUGCUACGGGAAAAUCUCUGUGUUACCAAAUUCCAGCUUCAAUUUUCCAGAAAACACACGGAACUGUAGCCCUAGUGGUCUCACCGUUGAUCUCACUAAUGCAAGAUCAGAUUUUGAAAAGGUUCAACUCAGUCGAAGGUGCGUUCUUGAGCUCAGAUCAAACGACCGCAUUGAAAGAGAGAAUAUUGCAGGAUGCUCGGGAUGGCAAGUAUGCAUUUCUUAUGGUGUCCCCGGAGGCUCUGGUCGGAUCAGAUUGGCUCUUGCAGCCUGCUCGACUUCCACCUAUCAGCUUUGUGUGCAUAGAUGAAGCGCAUUGUUUGGCUGAUUGGUCACAUCACUUCCGACCGUCUUACUUACGAGUGUGCCAGCUACUACGAAAUUGCCUAGGCGUUGAUUGCUUUCUAGGCCUAUCAGCUACUUGUACCCCUUCGACCGUGACCAAUGUGUGCCAGAAUUUGGGCAUUCGUGAGGCCAAGCGGCUUACAGGCGACGUUAUCGAUGAAUCGAGUCUCACACAGCCGUGUUAUGUUCAACCAAUUUUGUCCCCAAUCCCCUCUCAUUUAUGCAUCACCGCCUCCAUGGAUGCGGAUCGCGAUCAAGGCUUGCUGUAUCUACUCACCCAUCCACCUUUCAGUCAGCUCAAGGGUGGCAUAUUGAUCUACUGCACCACGAGAGAACAAACUGAACGCUUGGCGUCCUUUAUUCGCACUGCGUUGCAGGGUGUCGUGGACCAGAUUGGAAGGCGACAUCUAUCAUGGAGCACUGCAGCUUAUCACGCCGGUCAAGCAGCGGCAGAACGGGCGAGAGUACAAAAGCGCUUUAUGUCCGGCAGGGUCCGUGUGUUGGUGGCCACCUCCGCUUUUGGGAUGGGAUUAAACAAACCCGAUUUGCAAGCCGUCAUCCACUAUUCGUUGACAAAGUCGUUUGAGAACUAUGUGCAAGAAAUUGGUCGCGUUGGGCGAGCUCAGCAAACCUCAUAUUGUCAUGCCUUUCUGCCACCAGGCUUGGGCUCUGAUCCCCGAGAAAGUAACGAAUUACGACGCCAUAUUUUCGAAAAUCACAUCGAUGUGGUUGUUAUUAAACGGUUAUUGAAGAUGCUUUUUGAAGGAGUCAAAUGUACCUGCAGAACCGCAGGCCCUUGUCCAGGUCAUGUGCACGCAAUCAACCCAUUGACCGUUGCUGAAGCACUCGACCUGAAAACGGAGAGCCUGGCAACGAUUAUGGCAUACAUGGAGUUAGAUCCAGCGGGACCGCUACUUUCAAUUCUCCAACCCGGAUAUGCGGUUGUCUCGGUUGAUUGUUAUGGCGGACCGCAGGAAUUGGCAUAUGCUUCGCAGCGCUGUAUGGCAGUGGCCGCAAGUCUUGGAAUAGAGGUCGAGCGUAUCGGUGAGAGUUCAGUCGCUGAUCUAAGGCAACUCACGAUAAAUUUAAUCGAAUUGUGCAAUCGGUGGGGUUGGCGUCCGAACAUAGUACGACAGGAAUUACAAGGCCUCGAGUGGGACUCAUCAUCGUCGCCAUACCGUACCGGGAUCAAAGUCAAUCCAUCAGAAUGGAGCUGGUGGUUUUGGGUACACGGACCUUGUUUUCCCUUCUCUUCCGAGCGGCUGGAUCAGUGUUUAGCCUACUUGGAAACUCGUCUCCGGAUGGUUGAGGCCGCUGGUCUGGAAAGCAUUGAUCGAUUAACCCGAGCUCUGGCGAGUGUCGCUGAUGUGAGGGCUGAAAAGCUGUAUCCGUUCCCAAAUACGGCUGAAGAAUCGGAGCGAAUUGCGUCCGCUAAAUCCAACAAGCUGCUAGAGCGAUCAGCUAGAGUGCACCAUCUGAUACAGGCUCAUUUCAUCGGCGGAACGGAUCCUGAUGGUGCGGAUGAACCUCUGGCCAAAUUUCAGUGGCCUCCACCGGUAACUGACGCUCAGAUCUUAUCAGUACGAAAUAUCAUACGCGAAUUUAUCCAGAUUCACGGACACAGUCAAGGAGAUUAUCUUACCGGACGCACAUUAGCCAAUAUUUUACAUGGUGUGCCAACGCCACAAUUUCCUAUUCGCACCUGGUCUCGCGUCCGUCGUUUCUGGAGAGCACAUUUGGAUGUAGAUUGGCCAACAGUUAAACAGAUUGCAACAGAAGAACUCCUUCGGCACAUUUAACGUGUGUAAACACUUGCGCAUGCCUCUUUUUUAGUUAUUUAUAAGUGUUUUGUGAUCAGAUUUGUUCAUUUGCUCCCUUUACCAUGGUAUACGUCUUCUAAAAUACACCAGAGUACUUUGUGUG